UAAUACAAACCUUACGCUUUUCUGCUUUGCAGAAUCUAAAACGUAUAGCGGUUUGAGUGCAGAAAGUAUAAAAAGUUACACCUAAAAAACAAAACUGCGCGAACCACGUGCAUUUAACCAACCUAACCUACUUAAUACAACUCCGGAAGAAUGUAAAAUAAAAAUCCAUGAAACAAUCAACUAAUUGCGGGCGCUAUUUAAAAUAAUAAUAUAAUUUAAGAUCGUCUUAAACACAUUCUCGAGAUGCUAUGUAUGAGCAUUUUGUUGCUAAACAAAAUAUGAAUUCCGUAUUGUGUAUCCAAUAAACAAAGUUAUAUUGUUGUUUUUUUUAAAUUUAAUUGGUUGAUAAUUUAAAAUUUUUCUGUUAUUUUUUAUACAAUUGUGCGGAUUUGUCUGAAUAAAUUUUAGAGACUUAUACGUGAUUUAAAUUGUCGUGUGUAUGUAUAAUUCUAGAAAUGGCGUCCGAUAAGCAAGGUAUCCAGAAACGAAAGUUAAUUGAUACCGGUAGCGACUCGGAUAAUGAAACAGAAAAGAAUGCAAAGCACGGAAAAGGAAAAUCGGAUGCACCACGAUUGUGUCCAUACUUGGACACGAUUAAUCGACAAUUUUUAGAUUUUGAUUUUGAAAAAUUAUGCUCUGUAUCAUUGUCGAGGAUCAAUGUAUAUGCUUGUUUGGUUUGCGGCAAAUAUUUCCAAGGGAGGGGAACUAAUACCCAUGCUUAUACACACAGUGUGGCAGAGAGUCAUCAUGUCUUUCUUAAUUUACAUACGCUUAAAUUUUAUUGUUUACCAGAUAAUUAUGAGAUAGUGGAUUCAUCUCUGGAUGAUAUUAAAUAUGUGUUAAAUCCAACGUUCGACAAAAUGCAAAUAGCCCAACUAGACAAAAGUGAUAAACAGUCCAGAGCAAUUGAUGGCUCUAUGUAUUCGCCAGGGAUAGUGGGAAUGAACAACAUAAAAGCAAAUGAUUACUGCAACGUCAUUUUACAAGCGCUUUCGCAUGUUACACCUUUGAGAGACUUCUUUCUAAGAGAAUCGAACUAUUCCAAUGUAAGGAGACCACCUGGUGAUUCAUCAUAUCUCUUGGUGCAAAGAUUUGGAGAGCUUAUGCGUAAAUUGUGGAAUCCACGUAAUUUUAAAGCUCACGUGAGUCCUCAUGAAAUGCUGCAAGCAGUAGUUUUGUGGAGUAAAAAAAGAUUUCAGUUCACGGAACAAGGUGAUCCGGUGGAUUUUUUGUCGUGGUUCUUAAAUGCUCUUCACUUGGCACUAAACGGCACAAAAAAACGUAACUCUAGCAUAAUUUAUAAAACAUUCUUGGGUCAUAUGCGGAUAUAUACGCGAAAGAUACCACCAUGUGAGCUGGAGGACAGCCAAAGAACCGAAUUGUUGCACACAGUCGAAUAUGGUGAAACAGUGACAGAAAGUCCAUUUUUAUAUCUCACUUGCGAUCUUCCGCCACCUCCAUUAUUUAAAGAUCAAUUUACGGAAAAUAUUAUUCCACAGGUAAAUCUGUAUACACUUCUAAACAAAUUCAACGCCAUCACUGAAAAAGAAUAUAAAACUUACAAGGAAAAUUUCAUGAAAAGAUUUGAGAUUACCGAACUACCACCAUAUCUCAUACUUUACAUAAAAAGAUUCACAAAAAAUACAUUUUUUGUUGAAAAAAAUCCAACAAUUGUGAAUUUUCCCGUUAAAAAUGUCGAUUUUGGAGAUAUUUUAACACCGGAAGUAAAGGCUCAACAUCCAUAUACGACAUAUGAUUUAGUAGCCAAUAUAGUACACGAUGGUGAACCUGGUCAAGGAACGUACAGAGUUCAUAUUUUGCAUAGAGCCACUGGUCAUUGGUACGAAUUGCAAGAUUUGCAUGUCACACAAAUCUUGCCCCAAAUGAUCACUCUCACUGAAGCAUACAUACAGAUUUAUGAAUUGAAGAAAGAUACGCACAUGGAAAAUGGAAACAAAAAUUAAAAAAAUAUGUGAUAUACUUAAAUUAAAACACUGAAAAUAUGAAAAUAAAAAUUAACAAUUUAUAUAUAUAUAUAUUUCAUUUUUUAAUAGUUUAUAAUUUUAUAUUAAGCUAACAAUUUAUAUAUUUUUAUUUUUUUAAAUUGUCUUUUCAUUAAUCUUCUCCACUAUAUGCAAAUAAAAAUUAUUCUUGACAGUGAA